AUGACGAUUCUUUCGCAAAUGUUUAUUGCGUUCUUGGCUGCAGCCAUGGCAAUUCCCGCCAAUGCAGGUGAUAUUCUUCUCGAGUCUUUUGAUGAACCAGCUCAUCAUUGGAAGCAGAUGAAUGAUCCAGUCAUGGGCGGCAAGUCUACAGGAACCUUCAAGAUUGAGGACGGCGUGGGUAUCUUUGACGGAGAAGUAGUUGAUGUACCCUUUCUCCACGCCCCUGGAUUCAUUAAAGUACAAUCUCGAGGCAGGAAACCAUACGCCGAUGUAUCAUCUUGCCAGGCGCUGAAGCUCACGUUAAGGUCUUCGGUCAAUUACGACGGGUACCGCGUAAGCUUCGGCAAUGCUCAUCCUCCUAAUGGGAAGUUCUUCGCAUACGGUUACAAGGCCGGUCUCAAAGUUCCACAUGACGCGGAAGAACCUCGUCAGUUCAACGAAGUGGAAAUCAGGUUCAAUGAAUUCUCGGACCUUUGGGAUGACGCUACGGGUGAACAGAUCAAGACGUGCAAAGAGCACGCAGAAUACUGUCCAGAUGAAAAGACCCUGAAGAACAUGAAGACUAUCUCGAUUUGGGCUGAAGGUGUGGCCGGAAAGGUGCAUUUGGAAGUGAAAUCGAUUUCUGCAACGGGCUGUUCUGAAAAUGUCGAACAAGCUUAUUAG